UUUUUUGCAAUUUCGCGAUAAACAUCUCCUACCAUACUAUCUCAACAGAAAACAGUACAGGCUUGCCACGAGUGAAAAGUCCCGGCACAUGCUUGAGCUAGAUCCCAUCGCCAUUAAAGUUGGCAAGGCAGAUACUACCCUGACGCAUUUCGGUGGCCUUACGAAACUCCCCAAACGAAAACCCGCCAUACACCACUUCAUAUCUUUAAUGAAAUCGGAAGAAGACUGGCAUAAUCUCGUGUUGCUGCUCGAAGGGCUUGAGGGUACCGAGAAUGGGCUCAGCAAAGCCCUGAAGGUUACCGUUCUGCAUAAGAUCAUCAACGAAGACAAAUUCUCCAUUCUUGUCAAAAUUGUAGGGAAUCCCGAGAAGUACGGCUUCCGCUUGACCGACCCAGACAUCUCCGAGGGUGUCAUAACCGCAAUUCACCAACACGCCUCCCUUCACGCGUGGGAUUCACAACGAGUGAGGCACGCCUUCAAGGCAGCGGACCAAUUUGUGGACUUAUCAACACGCGACUUCUACCGUGCUGAUCCUACCGUACAACGGAACCCACACUUGAUCGCUUCCGCGUUGGAAAUGAUCACGAAACUCAUCAGUCUUGGGGUCGCCGGAGACCUAGAAAAAGCUAGGGGCCGUGAGUAUGCAGAGCGCUUCAUGGCAGUGGUGAAGCAAGAGAAUCUAUGGAAGAAAAAUGACCUCAUGCCUAAAUCGCACAUGAGGUGGCAACGAUAUUGGUUGCCGCCAGUCAUUGGGAUGUGGAACGCAGUGAAACAAGCCCUCGCUGUAGCGGAGGAGAUCAAAUUGGAAGAUCGGCAGUUGACCCAAGAUGUUGAAGAAAACUUGAGAUUACAGCUUGCGGAGGUCAAGCUGACAUCGCGAGUCUUGACACAUGAUCUGGAAAGCUGUGGAUGGCUAUUCUGAUAUAGACAGUAUCUUCUAGGAGAAGUACGAAGUAAUCGAGUAGAAUAUUGGCACAUUUAGUCGGUGUAAAGAAAUGGCAUGUGUCGACCAUAUGUGUGUGCACUGCGUUGUACAUGGUUUUGAUAGAUAAACGCUUUAUAUAGUAUAGGUAGCUGGCUGAGAUGUGAGAUGGGCGAAGACGUACGCGCUCAUAAAUUCACACCUGUUCAUCAGAAACCCUCCUUUUAUGGAUCUGAUAUAGC